AUGAGCUCCUCUCUUCCAAAAAGCGAGUCGACUACUUCUCUGCUGAGAUCAUCAGGACUCAACCGCAGGUCUGCGCACUCGGAUCACGGUCCGCACGGUCACCGGAGUCACCGCUCUCACUAUCAUCCCACCGGAGCUGGAGGCGGCGAUGAUGCAGGCUGGACGGAUGAUUGCGAGCCGAGUGCGCGGAGACCUCUCUGCCAACCAAGACACGCCGACUCUCGACAUGUAGGUGAUCAUCACCGGGUGCAGAAAAGCCAUUCCCACAGGCAAGCCAGCCUGCUGGAUGAUGGCUACGCUCAGGAGGAUGUGAGACACAGGACGAACCGGCAUCAGAAAGAGCGCAGCAAGUCCUCCAGGUCCAAACACUCCCAUCACCACCACGAGUCUUCGCGAGGUGAACUGACUCCUGCAGCGGAGCACCUGGGCGGCACACGGCAGGACAGGAGAACCUCUCCAACUCCGUCUUAUCCGAAACAUGCGGACGACGCGGAUUUCUUUUUCGAGCCCAGGGAGAGAGUCAUCACCGGUUCAUCUUCCAGUCUCAGCUCUGACCCACCUACGACAAGUGCACCUGUUCAGCCCGCAUCCAGCCGCACAUCCAAAAGACUGAGCGCGACCUCAUCCGAAUAUGACUCUAGUCUUCAUCCCAUAGUCAAGUCAGUCUUUGGGCAGGACCGAGAGUUGAGGCCAGAAGAAAUGGAUGAGUUGCGUGAGGCAUUCAAGGAGUUCGACAAAGACAAAGAUGGGUUCAUUGGCUGUAAAGACCUGGGGAACUGCAUGAGAACCAUGGGCUACAUGCCAACAGAGAUGGAGCUAAUAGAACUGAGCCAGCAGAUCAACAUGAAUUUGGGAGGACAUGUCGACUUCGAGGACUUUGUUGAACUCAUGGGGCCCAAGCUUCUGGCUGAAACUGCAGACAUGAUUGGGGUGAAAGAGCUGAGGGAUGCAUUCAAGGAGUUUGACACAAAUGGCGAUGGCCAGAUCAGUACAGCAGAACUAAGAGAAGCAAUGAAAAAACUUUUAGGACAACAGGUUGGACACAGGGAUCUGGAGGACAUCCUGCGAGACAUAGAUCUCAACGGGGAUGGACAUGUAGACUUUGAAGAAUUUGUGCGGAUGAUGUCUCGAUGAGCUUGGCAAAAACAACUGAGACAUUAAAACAGAACGUGGAUAUUCUCUGUUGGUAGUGGGAGGAAUAGGAGAGAGACUAGCA